AUGACGGACACGCCAACGAUGACUUUGAACAGUGAAACUGACUCCGCAAGCUGCGGGACCAGUGAUUCAAUGGAGAGGAACUCACUGAACAGUCUGAUAGAGGGCAAGGAGAAGGGGUGCGUUGGCGAUUGCACCAACGACUGCACAGGCAACCAGUACUCCAUUUCCUGCGCUGAUGGUCCGAGCCAAUCGAAGAGACGGAAGUGUAUAUGCUUUAAUUCGAUCGGGCAGUCGGUAUGGGGUGUGAUACUUAUCAUAGCUUCCAUUAGUGGCUUCAUAUUCCCACCCCUCGAUGUGAUGCUAUGGGAGAAACUCAAUAUGCGACCAGGUUUUCCACCUUACGACUGGUGGGCAGAUCCUCCGGACGAAGUGAAGAUGCGAGCGUACGUCUUUAACGUGACGAACCACGAACGGUUCCUCCAGGGGUUAGACUCCAAGAUGAAUGUUGAAGAAAUAGGGCCUAUAGUUUAUUUAGAGAAGCUCAAGCACUACAACAUGCAGUUCAAUGAGAACAGCACGCUCACGUACACGGCGGAGAGGUACCUCAUAUACUUGCCAGACGACAACACGAUAGACUUGAACCAAACACUCGUCGUGCCCAACUUGGCCGUACUGGGCUUGACUUCAUAUCUACACAACGCCAACUACUUCGUGCGUUCUGGACUCAAGUUCCUUGUAAACACGCACGGCAGCAAAUUCUUUGUCAAGAAAACCAUACAUGAAUACCUCUGGCACAAUAAGGAUCCUAUUUUGGAGACAUCGCAACACCUAGCCCCUGGUUUAGUGCCAAGUACUAACAUGGGUAUGCUUAGUCGUGUGUAUGCUGAUUUUGUUGACGACAUAACCGUGAAAAUUGGACCGCAAUGGGGACACCACGAUUUUUUCAAAAUCGAUAAAGUUCGAGGUUUGUCACAGAUCUCUGGAUAUGACCCGGAUGUUUGUCCAGAUCGCCUAUUCGGAGCUACCGAGGGCGUGAUGUACCACCAGCAUCUGUCGAAAAACGAUGUAUUGUAUUGCUGGAGGAAAACCGUGUGCAAGCUUAUGCCUCUAUACUUCGAUAAGGAGAUAACACUAGAAGGAGUUCCGCUAUAUAGAUACAAUCUAUCAGAGAAUGUGUUUGAUAGGGUCAAGAACAGCACAGAUUGCUAUGCCAUGGAAAAUACCUUGCCAGACGGGAUUAGUGACGCUUCUAAAUGUUUCUAUGAUUUCCCCAUGGUAGCGUCCUACCCUCACUUUUACACCGGCUCGCCUGCGAAAGACACAUUUGUGACAGGACUAAAGCCGGAUAGAUACAAACAUAACUCGUAUGUUAUGGUUGAACCGAUGACCGGCAUACCUUUCCGAGCGGUGGCGAGGAUGCAGUGCAAUAUGCGCAUUAACAAUAUCUCAGCAUACUACUCGCCGGAUUAUCUAAGAUUUUCCAAUACAGUCAUACCAAUCGGGUGGAUUGAAUAUAAUCAAGAGGGUCUCCCAACGCAUGUGCGAUACACAAUCUACUUUAUGGUGAACGUUCUACCACCGUUAUCAGUAGGGUUCUUCAUCAUUACCACAUUACUAGGAUUUUAUCUUAUAACAAAACAAAUAUUCUCACAUAAACUAAAAAAGUUCAUUUUACCCUCCAUCAUGAAUUUUCAAAAACAGAAAGCCGUUAAUUUGACGAACAACGGCGUGCUGGCGUACGAGAAAGAAAACUUUUUAAAACAAUCUAGCAAAAGUUAGUAAAGUGAAUACUGUGCAUAAAAUACAACGGGACAUAAAAAUUACCUAUGAAGGUAAAGAUGUGAUGUGAUGGAAAAUAUGAAAUAAAUUUCUCGAAUCAAAACUUGUUACUUCGUGGAAAGAUUAAUUUCUAUCUUUUAAAUUUUUUGUUAUGGUUUCCCCAGAAACGGGGUCUGAGGUCACAAAAUACGGUUUCGUAACCUCUGACCCCGAAAUGUGGGCUUUUUUAGCAUUCAAUAUGCUACAGAAAGGCAGUUUUCCG